UCUAAACAGCGUAGUCGAACCACUUCAAUGAAUAUCAGAACACAUGAACCCUACCGGAUUAUGCAGCUGUUUAUUUCAACGUUAAUCUGAAAAAUAAAGAUCAAAUAUGUCGACCAAAAGAACGCGACUUUCGAUUGAGAGGAAACUUGAAUUGAUUUCUCGUUUGGAAAAGGGAGAGACAGUGGACAAUGUAUCUCGCGAAUUCGGCAUUGGGCGGACAACAGUGACCGACAUUCACAAAGCUAAAGCCAAAAUUAAAAGAUUCGUGUCUGGGGCCACGUGCUUGCAUUACUGUAAACAACAGAAAACAUUGAGAGGCGCACAGAACAAAGAGUUGGACGAAGCGGUGUUUACUUGGUUUGUCCAGGCUCGGGGUCAUGGUCUUUCCAUUUCUAGGGCGAUUCUGUGUGAAAAGGCUAAAGCCAUCAACCAGUUGCUGAAUGGCGACUCGGAAUUCAAAGCUUCAACUGGCUGGCUUAGUAGAUUUCGAAAGCGCCAUGGCGUUCACUCGAGCAUACCCAAUGGGCAGCUGGUCACAACUGAGGAUCUGGUCACCGACUUAAAGGAACUGAUAUCUGCCAACCAGUUAAGCAGCGAUCAACUGUACACCUGCGAUGAAACAGGAUUGGUUUCCAAAUUCUUGCCGACUCGCUCUUUGGAAACAUUCACCACGAAAUCGGACGCCAAAUGUAAACCCGUGAAGGACAGUGUAACACUGAUGCUGUGUGCUAAUGCAUCGGGCUCUCACAUCCUACCACCCUUGUUAGUGGGGACACAAUUACGGCCGCGAUGCUUAAAGAACAUGAAUGUUACGGCGUUACCUGUGGUAUACAAAGCACAAAGGCAAACACUGAUUGACGAAGCAUUGUUCAAGGACUGGUUCGACAAUCACUUUGUGCCCUGUGUGACAGGAAAGCUUCUGGAACAGGGCCUGCCUCCUAGAGCGGUUUUGCUGUUGGAUAAUGCGCCCGCUCUCUCGGCAGUGGAGACACUCGUGAGUGGAGACAUUCGGUGCUUGUAUGUACCUAAAAGCGCGACGUCGUGGUUUCAGAACACGGGCAGUGACGUAAUCGAGGCAACAAAACGCAGCUAUCAGCGCAGAAUGACUGAGUUUUUAUUGCGUCCAAGUCCUGGAGAUUUAACAAAAAAAGUCCAAAAUAUAUCUGUGAGAGAUAUACUUUACUUGGUGGCUGGUGCGUGGCAGGCUGUUGGGGAAAGCAUGCUUACACAUGAUUUGAGAAAUGUAAACGCUGGGCACAGCCAAGCAAAUAACGAUUCAGUGCUGAGUACUGAGAACGAAUCCGAAAAAGAGAUUAAGGGCUACGCGGGGGGAAGUGUGGAAGAGUUGGUUAUCUGUGGCAACACAGGCCCUUCCAACCGUAAUUUAAAGGAUGAGGAGAUCGAAGUUGAUAUUACAAACGUAUUGGACCAAAACAUCCAUGAACACAAAAGUGUCGCUGUGCCAACCACCGUUUCCCACCGUGAGGCAGUGGAGUGUUUCCGGAGAGGGUUAGACUGGCUUACGCAGCAACCAGAGGCGGAUCCAACACAGAUACUUCUCAUCCGCUCAUUGAUUACAAUGGCUGCUAAAAAAGCAUUAUAAGGAUGUUUUUGUUCUGAAACUAGAGGAAGAAUUGAGUGGAAAAAGUCACCUAUGAAAAGAAAUGGCAUUGGAUAAGACGUUUUAGUUCUUACAUAUAACGUUUAUAAUUUAGGGGAGCAGUCUUUUUUACUCGCCUGCACAAAUUGUCGUGUAUAGUAAGUUUGAUAUCCUUUUAUGCUCUUAGAGGGUUUUUUGCAAUUACUAAUAAAAAAAGAAAUAAAAAAAAAGCAACCAAAAUUACUCAAUGAAUUAUGACCGUUUUGAAUACGUUCCCAAAAGUUACUGUGCGUAGGAAUAUUUUGGUUAGUCAUCUGUGCGGUU